GGCCUGGAGACAUGACAUCACGCCACACCCCCUCCAUUCAUGUCUAUGGGAGUGGGCGUGGGGGUCGUCAUGCCCGCCCUGACCAUGGCCUGUUUACUGACUACUCUUGUUUGCUGCCCGCCCUGACCACGGCCUGUUUACUGACUACUCUUGGUUGCUGCCUGCCAUGACCACGGCCUGUUUACCAGCUACUCUUUUGAUGCCUGCCUGGACUUCGGCCUGUUAACCGACUACUCUUGUUUGCUGCCCACCCUGACCACGGCUUGUUAACCAACUACUCUUGGUUGCUGCCUGCUAUGACCAUGGCCUGUUUACUGACUACUCUUGGUUGCCGCUUGCUAUGACCAUGGCCUGUUAACCAACAACUCUUGUUUGCUGCCCACCCGGACUAUGGCUUGUUUACCGACUAUGCCUGUUUGCUGCCCAUCCCCAACCUCAGCCAUUGCACUGACAAGGCAUGUUGCCCACCCUAACUGGCCUGUUUACCAAUGACGCUUGUUUUCUGCCCACCCUGACUUUGGCAUCUUUAUUGACCAUCCUAUUACCUCCUGUCUUAUCACCAAUAAAGCCAUGAAAAAAAGAAAAAGCCAGUGAAACCUAAUCUAAAGUGGACUGCAGCUGGGAUUGCGAUGUCGAGCUUCCAGCCAUCGUUCGGUCUGUUGUUUGACAUCGAUGGCGUGCUGGUCCGAGGAAAGACCCCGAUCCCCGCUGCUAAAAAAGCCUUUCAGAAGUUGGUAAACAGCCAGGGCCAGUUCUUGGUGCCAGUCGUCUUUGUCACUAAUGCAGGAAACUGCCUGCGCCAGACCAAAGCGGAUCAGCUGUCAGACAUACUGGGUGUGACGAUUUCCCAGGAUCAAGUGAUGAUGUCCCACAGUCCGCUCCGCAUGUUCAGACAGUAUCACGAUAAGUGUGUCUUGGUAUCUGGACAGGGACCCGUUCUGGAUAUUGCAAAAUAUUUAGGAUUUUCGAAUCCUAUCACAGUAGACUCUGUGCGGGAGUCCUACCCUUUCCUAGAUAUGGUGGACCAUACCAGAAGACCUAACAUACUGCCGUCUGCAGCAGUAGAUAUUCCCAAAAUAGAUGCUGUAAUUCUUUUUGGAGAACCUACUCGAUGGGAAACCAAUCUUCAGAUCAUCAUUGAUGUUUUAUUGACUGGUGGUCACCCUGCGAAACUCCAUCAAAAUGACAACUAUCCCCACAUCCCUCUGCUGGCCUGUAACAUGGAUCUGAUGUGGAUGGCUGAGGCUCGCUCACCCAGAUUCGGCCAUGGGAUCUUCAUGGUUUGCUUAGAAAACAUCUAUAAGAAGAUAACAGGAAAGGAGCUGAAAUAUGAGGCUUUGAUGGGAAAACCCAGCGAGGUGACCUAUCACUUUGCAGAAUACCUCAUCCGGACCAAAGCAGCUGAAAUGCAGUGGAACAAGCCUGUCCAGACUCUUUAUGCUAUAGGGGACAACCUUAUGACCGAUAUCUAUGGUGCUAACCUCUACAACCGCCACCUCCAGGAGCGGCACUCUAGAAAAGGCUCCGCUGCAUUGGUGCAGGCCGGCUCUGGAGCCCGCGUAACCACCGUGUCUCAGGAGGAGGAAGCAGUGUGGGAAAGUGAGCUCUCCUAUCCCAGCGCCACUCAGUGCAAGUCCGUUCUGGUCUGCACAGGGAUCUACAAUCCUCACGCCGAAGUGCCUGCCGACCCUUCACAGUCCGUUACUGAAACAGUAUAUCACGGUCAUCGCGAUUUCAGGAUCGAUCCCGCCUUGGUAGAACCUGGGCACAUCGUUCCUGACGUCAAUGCUGCUGUCGACCUGAUCUUCCAAUUAGAAACCUUUGUGCCAACCAGUGAUAAGAGGACUUUAUAGUGGUUUCAAUAUAGUUAGAAAUAUAUAUACAUAUUAUUGUAUCAGGAUAUAACCCAUUUAACCUCAAGCCGCUUUGUUGUUUAUUUUGUGCUGCACUUUACUGCCACCCCCCAUGUUUUUUGUUUUUUUUUACCACCCCCAUCCCUCAUCUCUUUGCUUUUUAAAUCUUUUUACCCCUAAUCCUUUUAAAAAAUAAA